AUGCAAAAUGUCAAGAAAUUGGUUGAGCAGAAACUCUCCGGGGGGUCAAGCUCGACCACAGCCGUGCCCAGUGCCGCUCAGCCAAAUUUACCUAUGAUGGUUCCAACCAGUGAACUCCAAAAGAAGCACAUCGAUUACAUCCUGCCUUCACGGAAAAGAGCCGAUGUACUCAUGGCAUUGUACUGGAAGUUCGUACAUGAACUCUACCCGUUUCUGGACAAGCAGCAGGUACAAAAGGAUUACAACAAAAUUUGGAGUGGAGACGACUCCGUGUCCGAAGAACGAUCAUUUCUGUGUUUGCUCAAUAUCAUCUUCGCAUUAACUAGCCAGAUGGAUGCGUCAUUGGAAGCGGAGCAGAAGCUGCGCUCUGCAACAGUAUUCUACACGAGGGCGCGCGAACUAUUGGACGUGGCAGAAAUGGCUUCCGUGCGGUCGGUCCAAUGCUUCCUACUACUAGCACAAUACUUCCAAAGCACCAAUGAACCUCAUCCUUGCUGGGUCUUUGUUGGCCUUGCCAUAAGGACAGCUCAGAGUCUCGGACUUCAUAUCCCGCAAACGACCGAGGUCAUAGCCGAUAUGCGAACCAGAGAGAUGUUACGUCGAGUCUGGUAUGGGUGUGUUAUGAUGGAUAAUGUCGCCUCUAUGGUAUAUGGUCGACCGUCCAUGUUAGGCCCCAGGUCAUUCAUUCUAGUACCAUUUCCGUCCCCCUUGGAAGAAGAUAUUGUCCCUCUUGGCAAUUUCUCGCCUGAUCCAGGACAAGAGCAUCAAGGAUCUGUUAUCGAUUGUUUCUGCUUCUCUGUGAAGCUAUACGAAAUACUACACGAUGUCUUGUUCAACUUCCACUCAACAAUUUCAGAGAUCCAAAAGAACUUACCCUUGGAGCGGAUGUACGACCGAUACCUAGGAAGCACAUCACCAAAUGAUGGGAACCUCUCCGUCCUUGAACUUGAGCGAAGGCUUGCGAGAUGGGAAAGCAGUCUGCCUCCUCACCUCAGAUUCGAGUCUUGCUCGCAGUACAGCGUUGAGAAUAGCAUCUUCUACCGUCAGACAGUAAUUCUCCAUCAAAGAAGCCUCCUGACUUACCGAAUCUUGCUUCAGUGCGCCGUUGUAUGCGUCAAAGUCGCUCAAGAUGCCAUCGACACCAUCCAUGCAGGCGAAGCCGCUUCGGCUGAUUCGACUGAAACACUUAGCGUGUGGUGGUACAAUGUGCUGUUCUUGUACACCGCCGCAACGGUCCUAAUCGCAGCUCGCCUGAGUCCCUCCAUUUUGGCUGAGAUAACCGAGGACUCCAUUCUCGAACGAUGGAACAAAGCGGUGGAUAUCCUGGAAGGCUAUGGCACCAAAUUUGGUCAAUCGAUUCAUCGUCUGACAACCACUUUACGUCUCCUGUUCGAUGCUUUACCCCAGCAAUAUUUUCGACUGAGGCAAAACACCCGGCAAAAUGAGACGGAGACAGCCCAUUCAGCAGUCCAAACUAAUCACUCACAAAGCUCUGCUCCAAUGUCGUUCUGGCGGCCGAUGGAGUCCACCAGCCUCUCUUCGUCAAUCUUCUACGACCCUGCCAGAGACUAUGUGCAGGACACGGAUGAUCUGAUCAAUGACAAUGACCCGUUCAUCUCGGGUAGUUGGACUGAUUUUGACGCUGCUUUUGACCCUAUGGACUUUUCAUGGUUGAUGACCGUGCCUAUGAACGAUUGA